CACACUCAGAUGCACACACGCAGAAAAGAGUAGAAAGCCAGAGAGGAGAACUGCGGCGGCAAGAUGGGGAUAUUCUGCCUGCAUGGGCUCUGUCGCUAAGGCGUCCGGAGUUCAGCCACUGUGCGUGUGUGUGUGUGUGUGUGUGCGUGUGUGUGUGUAUGCAUGUAUGAGUGAGUGUGAGCCCCUGCCGACGCCGAGCGGAGAAGGAAAGGGGAGAGCGGGUGAAGAGGAGGAAAGGAGAGGGGGAGUGUUGACUCUGACUGGGGCUUAGAGGAACCUCACGCCACUGGAUCAGAGGACGCCGAUGUGCAACAACUACCCCAACUACUGCUGCUGCUGCUCUGCCUGCGUGCCGCUGCCAGCCUGUCCACUUAACUUCUGCCAUGGCAUAGCUUCUUCUUCCAGCUCGCCUCUAAUCCACUAAGGAAAAGGGCAUGUAUGGGCACAACCAGGGAUCUAGGCUAACGCAUCCUUUCCGUCAGUAAUUCACAGUCUGAGGAAACAUGGUGAGCAAGGAGGGUGGCAAAUGCAUGCUCACCAACUCAGAGUCUGACUCGGAGGCAGCACCCUUGCCCUCCACCUCACUGGCACUGGAGGUGAAGUAUUCCCUGGAAGCCAGUCGACAAGUGAGGAAGAGAAACAAGGCCCUGCAAGUGCGUUUCAAGGAUAUCUGUGAGGCACAGAACGAGCAAAGGGAGGCCGAGUUGCAGGCAGCGCGGAAAAGUGGCAAGCCAAUCUCCUACAAAGCAGCGUACCGCAAGUACAUGACUGUCCCUGCCCGCAGAUCCAUCCCAAAUGUCACAAGGAGCACGGGUGUGCAAACUUCCCCUGACUUGAAGAAACGAUAUCAGACCUUUCCAUUUGAGCGCAAGAAAGGCCACACCUUUAAACACGUGGCGGCCGUGGAAACUUAUAAAGGUCAGAAUAACGGUUUUGUCAUGGAAGUAAAGCAGUCCAAGGCUGCGGAGCAGGGUUUAGAUGAGGAGGAGGAGGGAGCCUGCAGGGGGAGUGGAGUCCGGAGGACCAGGGCUCUGCUCCAUACUAAUGAGUGCAUUGCCACAGUGGAGCAGCACAGUGCACCUGAUGGCCUGUGCUCUGACGCUCUGCUGCUUAGUUGCUCUGCAGACACAGACUGCCUUGCAGACACACAGAGACGAAGCGGAGCUGGAGCACAGGCAGAGUACCAGCUCUGCAGUGUCCCAUCCAAAGCCACGACAGGUUUACAACACAGGGAGCCCGAUACAGACCGCUUGGCCAAGAGGCAGCUGCUCAAUCUGGAGGAGGGCUCGUCCCGAACCCUGCCGGACAGGACCUCCAAGGUUACGGGCCCCAUCUCCUGGAACUCCCUUACACAGGUGGAGUGCCUGGACAGUCCGUCUGUGCGGAGCAAGCGGAAGAAAGCCCUGCAGCUCAACGGGCUGCAGAGUGAGACACUACCCCGUUCCAGCAGAGGCUGUACAACGCAGGCACAGUGCCAUACUGGACAGUUAUCUGCCCGGCCUCUACGGGGCAUGGAGGAGCCUUUGACACCAUGCAGAGGCGGCGAGGCUGGUGGGGCACUGCCUGACCAAACACAGGAGGCCUGCAAGCAAAUUGUGCCUAUGAAUCAGGACGGGGAUGUUAAAGCACAGCUCCAGGCCAUGGAAAAUCUCAUCAGCUCCAGCCAAGAGACCAUCAAAGUGCUGCUGGGGGUCAUCCAGGAACUGGAGAAGGGGGAGGCCCACAGAGAAGGACUCUCCUAUCGAACCGGACAGGACACGGCCAACUGUGACACAUGCCGGAACAGCGCAUGCAUUAUUUACAGUGUGGAGCUUGACUUCAAGCAGCAGGAGGACAAGCUGCAUCCGCUGAUGAUGAGGCUUUGCCCUACGGAGGAUGGCCACUUUGCCUCCCUGCCUUACCCCCAGGAGGCCUUCACAUCCACUCCAAAACGCAAGUCCAAAGCAGACUCCAAGAAGCAUGCUCGCUGGAAACUUUGGUUCCUGUGAAAACACAGAGGACCGUCUCCCCACUACUGAUGCACAGGAUAUACGUUUCUGGAUCGUCAUUCAUUUUUGUUCGGUUUAUCCAUCAUCUUUUGUUUAAUCACAUCUCCCUGGCUUUUUUCAGACCUGGUAACCAGUAUUAAUGGAGAGAUCCACCACUGGAUACUGAUUCCCUUCUCAGAGAUGACAGGAUUUGUAAUGGGACACACAUGUGGAUUCCAUGGAAAAUUCAAAAUGUCAUGCUUACCAAAAAUGGAAUCAGAGUUAUUUUUCAACUAAUUUCUUCAAACAGGGUGUGAAAUUACAGCAGGGCAACACAUUUGGAGAUCAGCAAGGUGAGAAGAUGAAUUUGAUAUCCCUCUGUCUAUUUGCAUAUAUUUUUCUAGCUGACGUCAACGGAGGCCUAUUCUGUGAUAAUGGUUUAGUUGUCGUCACAUUUCUAUUCACCAGUUGGGACUUUGUCUUUCUUCCCAGCCUCCAGGAGAGGUUGGCAAUUCAACCACAAUGCUCUGAGGUCUACAUAAACAGCAUAUCACCGUACUGCAAAGCACAAUUUACACUGUUCAGGAUACAUUUUCUCCAGAGGAAUGAAAAAGAACUAUUUUGAGUAAUAACUCACACAUGUAGAUCACCCACUGACCAUGACUGAUUGAAGACGUUCAAAACAUCUAAAGAAGAGACUAAAAGGACAAAGAAGUCAGAGAUGUGUAUUGGAGCUCUAUGAUCAACUUUCUAUCCAUCUCUAAAAUGUCUCCUUGAGUCAUCUGACUUUGAAGUAAAGAAUGAAUAAAUAACACUUAUUUUCUUAAUAACAUUUGCAAAGUUAGAUGUCAAUGUAAUUUUUUCUAUCUAAAUAUAUAAAUAUAUACAUUCACUUUAAGGUUUAGUGGGAAAUAUUCAUUUGAGCUGCAGUGAUGGGGGCUGUGCAAUUAAAAAACUACAGUGCAUAGGAACAUUUCUGAUUCUUAAUUCCUCUUUAUAAAAUAAACUUAGUUCUUACUAACCUCACAGUGCACAUGGUCAUUGAAGUCCAAUACUCUAAAGUAAGUUUAGGCAAUCAAACUUCAUCAGUAUAAAAGUAUAGGGUGUUCUGGCUCUACUAAUAAGUUUAAAUAUACUUUAUUGUUUCAGUCACGAAACCAAGUAUAUUACAUAAUUGUUGGUUCUUAGCACAUGUGAGCGGUACCAGAAGAUAGCUGUGAUUGUAUUGCUGCAGUACCCUGCAUCAGCUACUUAAUUAGCUACUGAAACCAAGCCGGAAAGUCUGAAUGUGCUACUUCUGAUCACAACCAGGGCUUCUACAGUGCAGGGUGGCAGGCGUGUAGCCUUGCAUGCUUUUUACAACAAUCGGAUUUUGCAGGAUAUUUUCUAGCUUUUAAAGAAACAUUUUUAAAGAGAAUUACAAAAAAAGUUUUUGUUUUCCCUCUCCCUUUGUUUUAUUACUAACUCCUCCUCAUUGCUUCCCAUCUAUUCAACUUUAAAGUAAAAUCUCAUGUAGUACUUGUACAGCCCAAAUAUUUGCAUUUACUAUAUACAAAUAUAUAGUAUAGCAUUAAAUAGGGCUGAUACUAUUUUAUUGGGUGGGAAAGCAGCCAGAAUCUAAAAGAAAACAUUACGUUAACAGCGCCUGCGAAGGCAUGAAAUCGAAGUCACUCUGAAAAAAACACUGCCGCAAAACACAAGAAAGGCGCCAAAGUGGUUUCAAGGUCAUAAAAAAAGCAUCUUUAUCUACUGUCAAAACAAUAAGUUGCAAACUACUAGACAUCACUGGUUUGACCUUCACAAGCUCUAACAUGCUGCUUCCUGUUGGCUACGUGACUCACACCUCCACUCUUGUACAUGCAGAGUAGGUUUCUUUCCGUAGUUGCUGUAGCAUCGAGAGAGAAAUAGUUGUUUAUCUGUACCUUAAUGAAGUGCCAUUGAUUUAAAAUGUGCAAUACUAUGUAUUUUAUACUGUUAUUUUU